AUGCUGUUCACAAUCAUGCUGACCCUGUGUCUGGGCCUGCUGGCUCUCGCUGGCGUGCUGCCUUUCGCGCUUGCACUGAUCUUCCGGCUGGUUGGGAACUCCCUCCGCAGCAGAACACAGAGCAGGAGGCACAUCUUGCUGCAGACAUGUCACACCGAAGAGGAGGAGCAAGCCAAGGAGAGGGAGCAGACACCAGUGCCGCACAGCGCACCACAGACAGCCUCGUCUUCCACAUCUCUCGACUCAGACUGGGAGAAGGUGAACGAGGGACGUGCCAAGACUCCGAAGGGACAACGAACGCCUCCCACCUCCCAACAUGUCGACGAGUCCUACCACGGCGUCAUCGGCUUCCUCCACCCCUUCUGCAAUGCCGGCGGCGGUGGAGAGCGUGUCCUCUUUGCUGCCAUCCUCGCAACACAACGUCGCUACCCGAACGCCCUCUGCGUUGUCUACACCGGCGACCACGGUGCCUCUCGCGAGCAGAUCCUCACCAACGUCCGCAAUCGCUUCAACAUCCACCUCAACCCUGCCCGCGUCGUCUUCCUCUACCUCACCACUCGCGAGUGGGUCCUUGCUUCGAAAUAUCCUCACUUCACACUUCUGGGACAGAGUUUGGGAAGCUUGAUCAUGGGCUGGGAUGCAAUUACUCUUCUUGUGCCAGACAUGUUCGUGGACACCAUGGGUUAUGCUUUCGUGAUUGCGUUGGUAAAGUGGCUGUUCCCGAGCAUGCCAACUGGUGCAUACGUUCACUACCCGACCAUCAGCACGGAUAUGCUCGAGUCUCUACACGCCGACCUGGGCAGCGGUCUGAAUGCAGGAGCAGGAAAGGGCACCAAGGGCAAAGCGAAGCAGUUCUACUGGGAGUGCUUCGCCAGACUAUACUCGUGGGUUGGAGGAAGCAUCGACGUGGUCAUGACGAACAGUAGCUGGACACAAAAUCAUGUCUCGCAGCUGUGGACGAAAGCACGGACAAGAAACAAGAAGCAAUGCCCGAUCAGCGUCGUCUACCCACCCUGCGCUGUGCAAGAGCUACACGAGAAGAUACCGACGGAAUGCGACAAGGACCGCACCAAGAACCUGCUCUACAUUGCACAGUUUCGACCUGAGAAGAUGCACCAAACGAUCAUCGAAGCUUUUCACAAGUUCCUGCGAGAUCAUCACCCUAACACGCCUCUCGAAUCACGACCUCGCCUCGUGCUGAUAGGUAGUGUCCGGGACGAUUCUGACGAGAAGCGCGUGUAUAAGCUCCGACUGCAGGCCCAGGAAGUCAAAGACAGUGUCGACUUCAUCGUCAACGCCAAGUGGCCGCAGAUCCUGGAACAUCUCAAGUCGAGCUCGGUGGGCGUUAACGGCAUGUGGAAUGAGCACUUUGGAAUCGGCGUGGUGGAGUAUCAAGCAGCUGGUCUGAUCUCGGUGGUGAAUGACUCUGGCGGACCAAAGGUGGAUAUCGUGGUGCCGAUCGAUGGGAAGCCGACAGGCUUUCACGCCUCCACGCCGGAGGACUUUGCGGACGGCUUUGCCAAAGCGUUGUCGUUGUCGGACGAUGAAGUAGCAGCGAUGCGCCAACGAGCACGUAAGAGCAGUUGGCGCUUCUCCGAGCAGGUCUUCCGCGAGGCGUGGCUGGGCCACCUUGCGAACCUGAUUGCUCUCGAUCACUCUCAGAAGGAGAGAGAUAAGUCGAAGUAG